GCGGGCCGGGCCAGGCCACCCCACUGUCUCCACUUCCCGCUUGGGCGCUGGCUCGGCAGAUGGACCCGGAGCGUGCAGCUCCCACCCUCCCUUCACUCGGGUUUGUAGGAAGAGGAACAGGAGGCCCUCUGGGCACAGGAAGAGCCUCCUCGGUCACGUCCGCACUGCUGCUGGCUUCUGACGCUUCACGACCUGCCACCCACCUCCCCCCAAAUAGAAAGAAUUCCUCCACGGGUCACGUCUCACCAGACUGCUGUACAGUAUCCCUCCCAGCCAGGAUAUUGACAACCCGCGGCUCGCAUUCCUAUCCCGGGCCCGCUUUACUUGUACGCGUGUGCGUGCACAUGUCUUUAGUUCAGCCGCACAGACAGCUCUGUGUCUCCACCACCACAGCCAAGCUGCCUAAGGAUUUCCCAAUGGGGUGGCUUGGCUCCGGGCUCACGUUCCGCGUGAGCUGCCUGAUCCUGGUGUGGGCGGCAGGCGCUGGGGGUGUCAAGAUCCUGCGUUGGCCCACCUGCUUAUCCGACUACCUCAGCACCUCCACCUGUGAGUGGAAGAUGGACGGCCCCACCAACUGCAGCGCCGAGUUCCACCUGUCCUACCUGCUGGAUUUUCAAUCCUCGAGCUCGACCUCCGAAAACUACACGUGUGUCCCCGAAAACAGAGACAGCACAGUGUGUGUGUGUGACAUGCUGAUGGAAGACAUGGUCUUUGGGGACACCUACCUGCUGGAACUGUGGGCUGGGACGCAGUCGCUGUGGAGCACCACCUUCAGUCCCGGCGAGCAUGUGAAACCCAGGGCCCCGGAAAACCUCACAAUUCAAGCCAGCACCUUCCACACGUGGAAGCUGGACUGGAGCAUUGCGUACCCGUCUAGCAAUUUCCUGUCUUCCACGCUCUCCUACCUGGUCAACAUUGCAAAUGAGAAAGACCCCACAGAUUUCAUAGAGUAUAAUGUGGGCCACCGGAAUACCACGCUCUUCUUCCCGGCCACUGCACUGAAGUCUGGGGUUUUCUACAUCAUACGGGUGAAGGCCGAGGCUCAGCUCUACAACAGCACCUGGAGUGAGUGGAGCCCCAGCAUCAGGUGGCGGAAUUACUAUGAAUUGUCCUGGGAGCAGCACCUUCCGCUGGCUGUGAGCAUCUCCUGCGUGGCCAUCCUGGUCAUUUUCCUGUCCUGCUACUUCAGCAUCCUCAGGAUUAAGAAACAAUGGUGGGACCAAAUUCCCAACCCUGCCCACAGCCGCCUCAUGACUAUUGUGAUCCAGGAGUCUCAGGUGUCACUGUGGGGGAAGCGGCCCCAAGGUCAGGACACAGCCAAGUGCCCACACUGGAAGACUUGUCUCACAAAACUCCUGCCCUGUUUACUGGAGCAUGGCGUAGAAAAGGAUGACGAUUCCUCCAAGGUGGCCAGAAACGGGCCUCUCCAGGGCCCGGGAAAAUCAGCAUGGCACUCUGUGGAGGUCAGCAAGACGAUUCUCUGGCCGGAGAGCAUCAGCGUGGUCAAGCGCGUGGACCUGUUGGAGGCCCCAGGGGAGAGUGAGGAGGAGGAGGAAGUGGAGGAAGAUAAAAGGAGCUUCUGUCCGUCACCCGAGAGCAGCGGGGGCAGCUUCCAGGAGGGCAGGGAGGGCAUCGCGGCCCGCCUGACUGAGAGCCUGAUUCUGGACCUUCUUGGGGUUGACAAUGGGGGAUUUUGCCCACAGGGCUUGGAGGAGUCCUGCCUUUUUCCACCUUCAGAAAGUGAGGGUGCUCACAUGCCCCGGGCUGAGUUCCCAAGUGCAGGGCCCCAGGCGGCAUCGUUCCAGGGCCAGGAGCAGGCUUUGAAUGCAGAGUCAAACCCUCCGGCCGUGUGGCGGCAGAGCCCACGCUGCCUGCCUUUCACCGAGACAACCGCCGUCAUCGCAGACAAUCCUGCUUACCGCAGCUUCAGCAACUUCCUGAGCCAGUCGUCGGGUCCUGGAGAGCUGGACUCACACCCACAGCUGGCCGAACACCCCGGGGAUGGGGACCCCACCCUCCUCUGUGCCCCACAGCCGUUGGAGCCCCCCACUGCCCUCCAGCCUGAGCCAGAAACCUGGGAGCAGGUCCUUCGCCGGAGUGUCCUCCAGCACGUUGCAGCCCCUACCCCCGCCCCGGCCCCCACCAGCGGCUACCGGGAGUUCACAUGUGCCGUGAAGCAGGGCAACACCCAGGCCGGGGGGACAGUGGGCUUCGACCCUUCCGGGGAAGCUGGGUACAAGGCCUUCUCUGGCCUGCUUGCCAGAGGUGCCACCUGCCCCGAGACACCUGGGGUUGAGGCCAGUAGUGAGGAGGGAGGCUAUAAGCCCUUCCAGAGCCUCACUCCUGACUGUCCUGAGGCUCCUGCCCCCACCCCCGCCCCCCUGUUUACCUUUGGACUGGACAUGGAGCUUUUUCAAAGUCCUCAGAAGUCACCCCUCUCAAGCAGCUCCACAGAAGGCCUCAUGCUGGAGCCAGUGGCAAAGGGAGAGAACGGCCAGAAGCCCCCACUCCCCCCAGAAGAAGCCCCAGACCCCGUCAGGGAUGACCUGGGCAGCGGCUUUGUCUACUCGGCUCUCACCUGCCACCUGUGCGGCCAGCUGAAGCAGUGUCACGGCCUGGAGGAGAGUGGCAAAGCCCACGUUGUGACCACCCCCUGCUGUGGCUGCUGCUGCCGGGACGGGUCCUCACCCCUGGUGAGCCCGCUGAGGGUCCCGGACCCCUUGCCAGGUGGGGUCCCAGUGGAGGCGCACCUCCUGACAGCCUCCCUGGCACCCUCGGGUGUCUCCGAGAAGGGUAAGCCCUCCCUGUUCUCCCAGCCCGCCCAGAGCAGUGCUCAGAGCUCAAGCCCCACCCCCAACGUGGUGAGCACGCUCUCUGCAGGGCUCACGUGCAUGAGUGCUUCCUAGGGAUGUGCCCUCUUGGCUCCGAGGUCUACAGGUGAGGACUGGGCCUUCCCAUGCCUGCCAGACGCCUCCCCCUUGCAGGCAGCCAGGCUGGCAGCUUUCUGAAACACUCAGAGAACCCUGGCAUGACGUUGGAAGUUGUCCGACCCUGGGGGUCCCCCUUCGUCCCCCCUGUUCCCAACACUGAUGGCUCAGCACAUCCUGUGGCAGUGGAGGGUGCCUGGCAGCUGUGCCUCCAGCAGGUACCUCCAGGAAUCUUGGCUUGUGAACGAGCUGCUACCACUGCAUGCUGUCCACCUAGUCUGCGGCCCCUGUCUUGCCCAGUCCUGGGAGUAACUGCUGUUGUGUCACCAGAUUGGACGCUGAGCCUAGAAACUAACCGAGCCAAUGGGUAUCCCUUGGGAGGCCUUGGGAAACCAAUGGGAAAUUGAGGCCCUGGAAGGGAGGUCAUUCGCCCAGAGGUGCCCAGUUAUUCUACGGAGCUUCGUUAGGUUGGUACCGGAGGCCGGCUCUGGGCUGUGGAAGGGUGUUUCCUAAAGGGAGGGUAAUCUGAUGACUAAGCACUGACAAUUUGCUCUCCGAUUCCUACACAAGUGUAAGACUAGGGGCUCCUGUUAAGCGUGGGC